GCUUCUCAGUUUUCUUUUUCAUUUGCAGGGGACAAUAAUUACUGUAUCAAUCAACAGGAGGGAUGACUGUACAACUUCCUCACAAAGUUAGAACAAUGCUCAUUUGGGUGAAUGGAUAAUGCUCCCAGUACAAUAUAAUUACAUAGCUCUGAAUGGGAAGAUCAUUCCUUCUUUUUCUUCAAUCUGUACCAUUAAUCAGCAUCUUAGUUUUAACAUGCAGAUCAAUCAUGUUCCCUACAGUUGAGAUGAGAAUAGCCUGUGAAGAUAGCAUAUGCUGAAAGGCUGGUUUCGGGGGAGGAGAAAAGUAUACUACUUUUAUUCCCUAGUGGCUAUGUUUGAUAAUGCCUCUUUUAAUAUUUCACUACUUCAUAAGACACUGUAUCUGAACCACAGGAAGUGGUGCUGUCUCUUAUUAAAUUGUAGCUGCAUUGACUGAUGCAGAAGUGAGUCUGUGUCCAUGAUCUAAUAAAUUAAUCAAAUACAAAUACUGUUUCUGCAAUUUGUUCUCUGUUUAAGCACAUAUCACACUGAAUAUGUCAAGUAUUUUUUUAUUUAUUGGCUUAGUGCUAUUAGAGAUUUCAAGAAAUUCAUAUGACCUGCCUUUGGAGACUUUUGAGGAAACAAAUAAGAGCAAAGUAAGAAUUAUUUGCAGUGACCAAUUUCUAAUAUAAUCUAUUCUACACAAUACAAUUUCUGCUAUGGUAUAUUUAAUUUUAUUUUCAUUUAUUAUUCUGAUUGCAUUGUCAAAAUGCAGGUAGGCCAUUACUCCCCUUUUCCUCCUGCCCCCCUUUUUUGAAGAAAAAAAAUGCUAUAGGAAUGGAAGUGAUAACUUCCUUUAUUGUAUAGAUAUUCCUCAAUUACCUUCUGCCUCAUUCAGUGACCAUUCUAACUUAUAAUGGUGCUGAAAAAAGCAUCCCAUGGUCAUCUGAUUGCCACUUGUAACAUUUCCAGUCAGCUUCUGCUCAGCAACAUCAGCUAGGAAGUCAGCAGGAAAUUGCAAGUUGUGGAGAUGGGAUAUCAUGCUUAAUGAUUGCAGGUGGUUUGCUUAACAAUUGAAGUAAAACUGAUGUUCGUAGGUUGUGAUUAUGUGAUGUUUCACUUAACAGUGCUGCUUAAUGAUGAGACUAUUGGUUUCAGUUAUGACUUUUACAUGAGGACUACCUAUACAAUGAAUUUUCCAAUGGUACCCAUAUUAAAAAUAUUUUCAGAAGUACUUUGAUACAUCUGGAAGAGAAAGACUUGUAUAUUUUUAAAAUCCUAUUUGUUUCCUAUCAAACUCUGGCAGGUAUCCAGAUUAAGACAGUAGCGCUUGCUACUCUAAAAUUCGAAUCUUUAAUCUGAAAAUAGAUUUAUGUAGCCUGUGGAACUCGUGUAUCAAAUCAGGCAAUUGGUGAAAAUGGCAGUUAUGCUGUUACAUUUGAAAGAUGAUAAAAGGGUGAAAUGUAUACAGAUAUACCAGCCAAGAAUGAUAUGUUGUUAUAUGUUAUAUGUUGUUAAAAGUCGUGUCAUUAAUUUAGUUCUUCUCAAAUGCUUUGGACUACAGCUGUCAUAAUAAAUUCGCCAGUUUGCUCACAUAUUGUAUGGAAAUCAUAGUUCUAAACAUCCAGAGAGCAUUGUCUCUGCCCUACAUUUUUUUCUUCCAAGUGAAAACAUUCGAUAGUUUUCGUAGCCUUCCAGACAUUUGCACUGCAAUUUAUAAAAUUCAAAACCCGCUAAAAUUUAGCUCCUAUGGCUUGUAUGAGCAUUCUCUUUCCCGCUAGAAAAAAAAAAUGCGCAGAGCGCGCUAUUUUUUGACUAAUCGAAGCUGGUUCCCUUUUAUUUUGCAGCAAGGUUCGAUGGGAAUUGUAGUCCUGUUUGCUAAAGUGGCAUUCAGUAAAAGGCUGCUUGCUUCUGCUAUCUUAACCGGGAAAGAAGAUCCUCCCUGAGAUGCUGUACUGCCCUAUUUUUAUUAUUUUUUUUAAUGUGGAAAAAAAAGGGAGGGGGGGGACAAGUUUUAGCGGCAAGAAGAGAGUGGCGUAGAAGGGGCAGGGCCAAUGGAAAUGGGUGUUCGGCGCGAAGAGUGGCGAUUGGCUGGCAAGGAGCGGCAUCGCUCGAGUCGAACCAAUCGGCAGGACCGAGCGGCUAGAGCGCGCGCGGAGAAAUUCCGCCAGUCAGUCUUGGGAGAGGAGAGCGAGCGACGAGCGCGAUCCGGUGUCCUAACUCGACAAACUUCCAAGAAUUCGGUUUACGUAUGUCCAUCAUGCCAAGUACCAGGUCACAGUCCCAGAGCCAGAAGAUUAUAGACUUUCCAAAGCGAAAAUCAGUCAGGAUACUUCAGAAAUCAUUAGAGAAUAAGAAGGGUUCCCAUUUAGAUGCAGCAACAUUGCCAACCUCUUUGCCAUCUUCCCCAAAACAGGUCUUACCUCUCAGUCCCCGCAAACGCCUAGGUGAUGAUAAUCUUUGCAAUGUUGCCCACUUAUUACCUUGUACCCCAACUAAGCAGAGUAAAAAAGAAAACAGCUUUCCAGCAACUUCCCCCAGAGCCCAGACUUUACUCUUCGGGGAGCAUUCAGGCUCCAGGACUCCCACCAAGUUCAGCAGUUUGGUUCAGGCUCCAGUACAAAGGAGCCAAGAAACACCUACUAGUAUGAAGUGUUACUCUCUUAAAAAAGAGCGAGUACGAACUCAGCUGUUUAAGCCAGAAGGAACCUAUUAUCAACAGGCAAAGAGUCUUCUUCAUACAGCUGUUCCAGACCAAUUGCUUGCAAGGGAAAAAGAAACAGGUGUCCUGCAAGGAUUCCUCCUGGAACAUGUCUGCAGGAAGAAGCCUGGAAGCCUUUAUAUAUCUGGACCUCCUGGCACUGGGAAAACUGCUUGCCUCAACAGAGCUUUGCUUGAUUUGAAGACAGAACUUACUGGAAUUCAGAUCACAGUCUUAAAUUGCAUGGCUUUAAGGAGCUCCCAAGAUGUCUUCCCAGCAAUUGCCGAAAAGUUGGGCCUGGCUGGAGUUGCCAAAGCAGCCAAAGGUGAUGUCAUCAGAAAACUGGAGAAACGGUUGACAUCAAAAAGUGCAUCGAUGGCUUUGGUUGUAUUAGAUGAGAUGGACCAGUUGGAUAGUAAGGGACAAGAUGUUCUCUAUACCGUAUUUGAAUGGCCUUCCCUUCCCAACUCUCGGCUCGUUCUCAUUGGUAUAGCUAAUGCUCUGGAUCUCACCGAUCGCAUCCUGCCUCGCCUGCAGACCCGACCUUUGUGCAAACCACAGCUACUAAACUUUCCCCCAUACAGCAAAGAUCAGCUGGCUUCUAUUCUCCAGGAACGCUUGAAGAAGGUGUCAGGGGAGCAGGUGUUGGACAAUGCUGCUAUCCAGUUCUGUGCUAGAAAAGUCUCUGCCUUCUCUGGGGAUGCCCGCAAAGCACUGGACAUCUGCAGGAGGGCCAUUGAAAUUGUGGAGUCAGAUGUGAGGACCCAAGCAAUACUUAAACAAAUGCCUGCCUCUGAUUCCAGCCCUGUGACCUCCAUCAAAUCUCAUUCCAAAGCAGCUGCAGUCUGUGGAGGGCUCAAACGAGUGGGCCUGUGUCACGUCUCCCAAGUGAUCUCCGAUGUGUAUGGUGACCGGAUGGCAACUGGUAACAGUUAUGGUGAUGCUUCUUCCUUCCCCCUGCAACAGAAGAUUUUAGUCUGUUCUCUGCUGCUCUUAGCCAAGCAACAGAAUACCAAAGAAAUUAACCUAGGAAAGCUGCAUGAAGCCUACAGCAGAAUUUGUCAGAAACAGAAAGUAGGACCUGUUGACCAAUCGGAGUGCCUCUCACUCUCAGCUCUUUUGGAAUCUAGGGGCAUUGUGGGACUCAAAAAGGCUAAAGAAGCACGGCUGUCUAAGGUUUUUCUGAAAAUAGAAGAGAAGGAUUUGGAACAUGCCCUCAAGGAUGGAAUCUUGGUUGGAAGCAUUUUGGCAGGGGGGCUUUAAAACUGUUGCUUUGUUCCCUUGUACAACACAAUGCCUCAUACGUCUAUUAACCUUAGGAAUCGACUUCAUCAAGACACACAUAGGGGUGCAACGUGCAAAAUAUUUGGACCAUUGGCUUUAUUAUUUUUAAACAAUGAAUUGCCCAAUUUUCAAGGGUUUUAAAAAAAAAUUACCUUUUGAUUAUGCAUCACUCUCAUUUGGAGAUUUAUUUUUGAAUACCAGAAAUAUUUUCCCUUCUUUCCCAGCCACAACGCAGUUAACCUUUCUCUGCUGCCCCUUCCCUCUACAAAUAUGGAACUGCCAAUGUGAUAUUUGUCUCCGUGAUUAAUAGCAGAGAUGAGAAAGGAUGAAAGAUGUCAGUAAGAGAUCCCAUUUGCAGAUGCAGCCAUUAAUGUUGCAAUAGAAAAUAAGAAUGUAGUAGCUUGAGUUCUUUUGAAGUUGGACUGCUUCAAUGAACUAGAUGUCAUUCAUACUGAGGCUUAGCCUCUUGAGAGCUACAAAGGGGCUUAGCCAUAGCACACAGGCACACACACAUUGUUGAGGGCCCUUGAACAUCUUAAUGUUUCUGAACUGUGGCUACAAUCUUAGCACCAAAACUAGUUUCAGACCUGGAGCAAAGAGUCGAUUUUAUUUUUGAGCCAUUUAUUUUGAAAAGUUGAAUUAAUUGAAUAGUUUGAUUUGUAUGAAUAAAAUUUUUACUAAGCCCAGUGUGGAUUUUCUGAAUUGGAAUCUACUUGUUUGUAUACAUAUAUGUGAAUGAUCAGAAUUGGUUUGUUUUAACUGCAAAGCCAUUUAUACUUACACCUCACUUGCAGUGCCUUUCUCCACUGAUUAACUUAGAAUUGUUCUGAUUUAUUGAAAUAUGUACAACCCGAAGUUUUUAACAGUUGCAAUUAUUUGCUAUUGCUUUAAUUUACAAAUUAAAAUAAGUCAAUUUUGCAAUUGUGAAGUUUAAGAUAUAUGCUUGGUUCAGUAGUUACUCAUUUACACUGUUUAGCAAUUUUCAUUAGAGUUGUAUGGCUUUCUGCUUUGGUGGGUGUGUCUACAUAUCCCAUUAAUUGUGGGCUUGUCCUAUGCUCCCUUUUAAAUAUACUUGAAAUUUGUAUGUCUAACAUUAGCUUGUUCCAGAUUAUGCAUAUUUUAGCAGCUAUCACUAGUGUUCUCUUGGAGUUUAGAAGACUACCCACUACAUCAUUUUCAGGAUAUGCAAUUCUGUAACAAAUAUUGUUAAAUUUUAGUGAGAAUACUAGUAUUAAUAAAGAGCUGGGGGCUUUCAGUUUAAUUAGUGCUCUCCCCUAAAUUUUUAUACUGCCUAAUUUUCCACAAAGCUGCUCAUGUGGCCAUAGCAAGAGAUGUAUUACAUGUGGUUUUUUGGCAUAUACAUUUUAUAGCCUCCUUGUUCAGCUUUGGUGGAAUGGGAUGACUUGACCCAUCUGCAUCCCUGAUGGCCGACUCCUGUAAACCACAAUGGCAUCAGAUGUUAAAAAUCCAUGACAGUGUUAAGAGAAACCAGCCUAGCCCCAUAAAAACAAAGGGAGAUUUUGUGGUUGUCUCUCCUGGCCACUAACUGAGUGGUUAACCAUUGCAAUAUAUCCA